UCGUUUAUUGAGCUCCUGCUAGCCUACUUGGAGCGCGAAUCGGCUCCGCCCACUCAGAUCCGUCUACCGCUUGACCACCUCACUCCCAACGCCGAAAGGCGUACUAGCAAGUUUGACUUAUCCGGCAACUUUCCCUUCGGACCACUGCCAGUCUCAGAGCCUGCUCCAUCCACUACUGAUUCGACAAACAUAACAGAUCGGCGCCACAGUCCAACGGCCUUAGGACAGUUAAAGACACGAGAUGUGACCGGCGGGCGAAAUUCAGACGCCCCAUUGACGACUGCCGCUUUGCCUCUUGUUCUCGCUCCAAGCCCGCCAAGGUCCACUCUCCAAUCGGCAAAUGCUGCCUUCUCCAACGGCGGUCAGACCUGCAGUGGUCCUUUCACAAGCGGUAAUCGGCUCACAAAUGCCAGAUCCGACUCUGUUAGGCUAGACAAGAUCAGCUCCAGGGGCCAUGACACUAAUCCGUUACUGGACAUGCUACCUUUACACUGA